CUUUGAUAUUUAGUCACUAAAAGAAUGGUCGAAAGUCUGAAUGUGUUAUGAGUUAUAUUAUCUAGAAGUGAGAGAAAGUUUGUUUUAUGUACAUAUAAACUAUAAGAUAUUUGAAAAUGUCAAUUGAAAUUGAAUCUGCCGAUGUGAUCAGAUUAAUACAGCAAUAUUUGAAAGAAUCAAAUCUUGUAAAGACACUGCAAACUUUACAGGAGGAAACAGGUGUGUCACUGAACACUGUCGACAGUGUGGAUGGAUUUGUUGCUGACAUAAAUAAUGGCCAUUGGGACACAGUUUUAAAAGCUAUACAAUCGUUAAAAUUACCUGACAAGAAGCUUAUAGAUCUGUAUGAACAGGUUGUUCUAGAAUUGAUUGAACUAAGAGAAUUAGGUGCAGCACGUUCCUUAUUAAGACAGACUGAUCCUAUGAUUAUGAUGAAGCAACAAGAACCUGAGAGAUAUAUUCAUUUAGAAAAUCUACUUGCGCGUUCGUAUUUUGAUCCACGCGAAGCAUAUCCCGAUGGAAGCACAAAAGAAAAACGAAGAGCAUACAUAGCAACUGCUCUUGCUGGCGAAGUGUCAGUGGUACCUUCCAGCAGGUUGCUCGCUCUGUUGGGACAAGCAUUAAAGUGGCAGCAACAUCAAGGUCUGCUACCGCCAGGAACCACAAUAGAUUUGUUCAGAGGAAAAGCAGCGGUUCGCGAUCAAGAAGACGAGAAAUAUCCGACACAACUUUCAAAGCAGAUCAAAUUUGGCCAGAAGUCGCAUGUGGAGUGCGCACGUUUCUCGCCAGACGGUCAGUACUUGGUGACCGGUUCGGUGGACGGUUUUAUUGAAGUGUGGAACUUUACGACUGGCAAGAUUAGGAAAGACUUGAAGUAUCAGGCGCAAGACAACUUUAUGAUGAUGGAGCAAGCGGUGCUGUCGAUGUCGUUCAGCCGCGACAGCGAGAUGUUGGCGGGCGGCGGUCAAGACGGUAAGAUCAAGGUCUGGAGAGUGCAGAGCGGUCAGUGCUUAAGAAGAUUCGAAAAGGCGCAUUCGAAAGGAGUGACCUGUUUACAGUUCAGCAGAGACAAUAGUCAAAUUCUAUCGACUUCAUUUGACACAACUAUAAGAAUACACGGCCUUAAGUCGGGAAAAACGCUGAAGGAAUUCCGCGGUCACGGUUCGUUCGUUAAUGAGGUCGUUUUUUCUCCAGACGGCCAUAACAUAAUCAGCGCCUCGUCGGAUGGGACUGUAAAAAUUUGGAGCUUAAAGACUACCGAAUGCAUAGGCACUUACAAAUCAUUAGGAGCCGCCGAUCUCACAGUGAACAGCGUACAUACUCUUCCGCGAAAUCCGGAGCACUUUGUCGUGUGCAAUCGUUCCAAUACCGUAGUAAUCAUGAACAUGCAAGGACAAAUAGUGAGAUCCUUCUCCAGCGGUAAACGAGAAGGUGGCGACUUUGUAUGCACGGUGGUGAGCCCGCGCGGCGAAUUUAUCUACUGCGUCGGUGAAGAUCUCGUGCUGUACUGUUUCUCCACGUCGUCGGGAAAACUCGAGAGAACGCUCAAUAUACACGAAAAGGACGUGAUCGGCUUGGCGCAUCAUCCUCAUCAAAAUUUAUUAUGCUCGUACAGUGAGGAUGGUUUGUUGAAAUUGUGGAAGCCGUAAAAUAAUCGAGAACUUUUAUUUCUUUUUUACUUGAGUGCAGUUUGGAGAACUUGCCUGACUUCAGGACCUGUAAUAUAUACAUUUUUGAAAGUGACUAUGAUAAUCGUCUUGUGAAUUGGUCAAGAAUUUGUGCGGUUUGACGAUUCAUCUAUUCUUUCUAAUAUUAUCUAUACCCGUCAAUAGAAAAUAUACGUAAUUUCGACACACAAACAAAUAUAAAAAAAAG